UUUCCAAUGGAUUAGUCGAAAAUGUUCAGUCCGAGGAGUAAGUUCGUCAUCUUAUGGCUGGCUUGCCUCUGUCUAGGCGCCUCAACGGCGCCACUCAGCAUGACCAUGGAGGAAACUGAUCCAGAGCUAACUGCGGAUUACUUUCAAGGUGACAUGGAAAUAGAAGUGCUCAGGAAUGGAGAAUUGUCGCCAACUCUUCACUGGCCCAAUGCCACUGUUUACUACAAGAUCUCAGGGGAAUUCGAUGCUGAGCAUGCGGUUCAUAUUGAGCUUGGCAUGAGGCUAAUAGAACGUGCUUCUUGCAUACGCUUUUUGCCUGCAACUGUGGACACUUUGAACUAUGUUUCUGUUAUAACAUCAGACUCUGGUUGUAGUUCGAAGGUCGGUUAUAAGGGAGGGGAGCAGACGGUCAAAUUGAAAAUAGCACCCAUCGACUUAGGCUGCUUUAAGUUGGGCACAAUUCAACACGAAUUUCUGCAUACGCUGGGCUUCCAUCAUCAGCAAUGCUCGCCAAAUCGCGAUGAAUUUGUGAAAGUUAUUGAGGAGAAUAUUACUGAGGGCAGGGAGAACAAUUUUAAGAAGUACACCGAAGAUCGAGUUGGUGACUUUGAUGUUCCGUACGACUAUUCAAGCAUUCUGCACUAUAGUUCUUUGGCGUUCUCUAAGAAUGGAGAGGCAACUAUUAUAGCUUUAGAUCCGGAGGGUCAGGCUAAAAUGGGACAACGAAUUGCACUAAGCGAUGGAGAUAUUAUUCGCCUCAAUACAAUGUACAAAUGUCCAUUGCAAAUGUAAAAUGAUGUAGACAUUUAUUUGAUUAAGUGUUGAUAUACAUCAAUGAAAAAUAAAAAAGUACAAAUGUUUCACGAACACAAAUUGUAAUUAAAAGAAUAGAACAAUAACAAGAAAAGAAUUAUGUAAAAUAUACA